UGUUGUAAGGUUGAUAUGUAUAUAUAUAUAUUUUGGGAGCUCUUUGUAGGUUUGGGUGGCUCGCUGGACCAAAAUGCGGUUUUGGAGUUCGUGGAUUCUGGGCGUGAUUUGAUUCUGGCAGCAGACUCAUCUGCCUCUGAUGUUAUCCGAGGCAUUGCCACGGAAUGUGGUGUAGAUUUCGAUGAGGAUCUGGAAGCGCUGGUUAUUGACCACACCAGCUACGCAGUCUCGGAGACCGAAGGGGAUCACACUCUCAUUGCCAGUGAUGCCCUCAUCCACUCAGAUGUGAUUUUGGGGGACAAAAAGAUUGAAGCUCCUAUACUAUUCCGAGGAACUGGGCAUUCUGUUAAUCCUGCUAAUAGUUUGGUUCUGAAAGUUUUGUCUGCCUCCCCUUCAGCAUAUUUAGCAAAUCCAAAGACUAAGUUGUCAAGUCCUCCAUCUCUCACUGGAUCGGCAAUAUCUCUGGUUUCAAUCAUGCAGGCAAGAAACAAUGCUCGGGUGUUGAUAUCGGGAUCUUUGGAUCUAUUUAGCAAUCGAUUUUCGAAGUCUGUUGUGCAGAAGGCUGGGAGUAAGAUAAAAUAUGAGAAAUCUGGAAAUGAACAAUUUGUGACUGAAAUCAGCAAAUGGGUCUUCCACGAAAGGGGCCAUCUCAAGGCUGUCAAUGUCAGCCAUCGCAAAGUUGGAGAAAUGACAGAACCUGCAAUGUACCGUAUAAAUGAUGAUUUGGAAUACUCUGUUGAAAUCUAUGAAUGGUCUGGAACAAGCUGGGAACCUUAUGUUGCUGAUGAUGUUCAAGUUCAAUUCUACAUGAUGAGUCCCUAUGUUUUAAAAACAUUGUCGAAUAACCAGAAGGGUCUUUAUUCGACAUCCUUUAAAGUUCCGGAUGUCUACGGAGUUUUCCAAUUUAAGGUUGAGUACCAAAAGCUUGGAUAUACCAGUCUCCGUCUCGCCAAGCAGAUUCCUGUUCGUCCUUUCAGACACAAUGAGUAUGAGAGAUUCAUAACAGCAGCAUAUCCAUAUUAUGGGGCAUCAUUUUCUACUAUGGCGGCAUUCUUCAUCUUCUCCAUCGUCUAUCUUUAUCAUAAGUAGUAGAUGGUAUCAUGAGAACAUCCCAUCCGGUUGCGGCUGCUGCUAUUUUCCAGUGUUAGUCAUAUUCUCUGUGUUAUACUUAGCCUCUGACUGCAAUGGGAUAGGUGGCUUUUUUAAGUUAUUCAAAAGCUUAGCUUAGCUCAUUUAACAUGCGCUUCAUCAUCAUCUCCAGUACUAGUAUAGUGUUUGUUUUAGUUCAGUUUUUAAAUUUUAUAUUGUAUGCCGCAAUCCGUUCGUUGUUCGCCCCCUUCCCCGGUGGUGCUAUGCAAGUACAAUACAAUGGGGCUAGAAUUUUGGUUGGAGCUGCGGAAUGCCGGCAACAAUUACUAGUUUAACAAACAUAUGAUUAUUGCUCCAUGUUUUUGUCUUUUUGUUCACAUUUCCGCCACUAUUUGUUUACAAAAUUGUAUUUUUCCAUUUGAAAUAACUAACUAGACUAGAUCGCCUAUGGGUGGCGAAGGGGCGCCAGGGCCCUUACGUUGCGCUUGGUUCGUAUUAUUGUAAAAGAUUCUAGGAAUUGCUAAAUUAAAGGAAUGUCAUUCAAACAAGAUUUACUAGGGAAUAUAAUAUUUUUGUGAUUGGUUUGA